CCGGCAAUGGGGCCUCAAGUGUAGCCAGCAUCCUCCUCUCCGCCGAUAAUACAAUACCAUGGCCCCCGCCGUGAUGGCUUCGUCGGCUACCACCGUCGCACCCUUCCAGGGGCUCAAGUCCACGGCCGGUCUGCCCGUCAGCCGCCGCUCCAGCGGCAGCCUCGGCAGCGUCAGCAAUGGCGGAAGGAUCAGGUGCAUGCAGGUGUGGCCGAUUGAGGGCAUCAAGAAGUUCGAGACCCUGUCUUACUUGCCACCCCUCUCCACGGAGGCCCUCCUGAAGCAGGUCGACUACCUGAUCCGCUCCAAGUGGGUGCCCUGCCUCGAGUUCAGCAAGGUUGGCUUCGUCUUUCGUGAGCACAACAGCUCCCCCGGGUACUACGACGGCCGAUACUGGACAAUGUGGAAGCUGCCUAUGUUCGGGUGCACCGACGCCACGCAGGUGCUCAACGAGGUGGAGGAGGUCAAGAAGGAGUACCCUGACGCCUAUGUCCGCGUCAUCGGCUUCGACAACCUGCGCCAGGUGCAGUGCGUCAGCUUCAUCGC